AUGUUUUCUACGGUGUCAGCAGAGUUUACUUCGGUCACUACAUACCUUACUUUGCAUGGUAACCAGUGUAGAUUCCGUCCUCUUGUAGCAGCUCACUUCGGAGGUUUAUGGGAAGCUGCAGCUAAGUUGACGAAAUUCCAUCUUCGUCGAGUGAUUGGAAACUCUACAUUGACUUUCGAAGAAAUGACGACUAUAUUAACACAAAUUGAGGCUUUCCUUAAUUCUCGGCCUCUCAGCGCUCAGUCAGAUGAUCCAACAGACAUUUCUGCCCUCACGCCAGGACAUUUUCUCAUUAGAGUUCCACUGAAUGCAGGUCCAGAAUCAUCGCUUGCAGACGUUCUUCCAACUCUAUUGACUCGCUGGCAGUUGAUCCAGCAAAUGCGUGAUCAUUUUUGGAAGCGCUAG